CACUACCUCAGUGCAGGAAAAAAAAACUCCAACACGCACACACACAGAUGUAUGUACAAAUGUCAAGACCACGAAAGCAUGAAAAUAUUGAACAAGAAAGAAAGGCAACGGGCAGACAAAAAUAUAAGGAAAUGUUAUGUAGCAAAUUAUUAUUAAUUUAAAUGGAGAUUUUUUUUCGUAGAUGCAUUUAGAGGAAAUUGUAAAAUUAGGUUUAGUACGUAGAAUGAAUGUGUGUCCAUGUAUGUCUAAUCAGCGCGACGAGAUGUGCAUAGCAUCACAUGACCGCCGCUGCUGCUGCUGCUGUCAGUAGCAUUGUAAUAUGUGAGUGGAGACAAUUAACACGAGAUCCAUCAAGGUGCUUACAGAAAAGGAAAAAUAAUAUGAUAUAAUAUAGAUUUGCAGUAUGCUGUAUUUAUAAUUUUGUGUCUGGAUUUGGUUUUUAGGCCAAUGCAGACUGUUACCAGUUUCUUCGAACUUUAGUGAUUUAGUAUUUUUAAUUUGUAUCCAAAAGUUGCUCGCAAACAACAUCGGAUGGUUUCUGUUCACCACAGAGCAAGCUACCUCGAUCUGUGAUUUUUGUUGUCUUAUUACUGUUAAGAUCGUCUUGUCUUCAUUUAUAUUAUCCCAGACAGACGACAUAAAAAAAAAUAUAGAGAGUAAUAUAAAACAAAGGACAUGAAAAUGUUACUUGUGAGUUGUCGGUGUCUGAACGUACAGAUCAGACUCAAGGGUGAUGUCUUAGAAGAACAAUAUUCAGAUUAUCCACAGGAGAUAUCAUCUUCGAAAUUUGAAUGUCUUCCUGAAAGUGCAUUAGAGGCACCCAUUUCUCUGAGCCAUUCGUUCUUUGUGCAGAAAAAAGUUGUGAAGGAAUGGACGGUAUACCACUGUCGGAAUUGUGACAUCACUACCCAUGCUGUCUCUGAUCAGCAGACUGGGGACAACCGCAAGUUUUUCAUUGGUAAAAAUAUGGAGCGUGAUCCUACAGCUUUGGAAUGUUUAAGGCGGUCAACUACUUUCUCUCCAGCUUUCCAGAUAAUACUCAAUACAACAGUUCCCUUUUCUGGCAGCAUGCCUGCUCCUCAGUAUUUUGAAUCUCUCCAGAACCAUCUGGCUGCCCUACAGACUCAAAUGGAUAAUUAUUUGAUUGAAGAAGAAAGUGAAAUGGAAGAACGGAUCAGGAGGUAUGAAUUACAACAGAAAGCAUCAUUUGAUAAAGUUCAAGAACGAGCUAAAGAUGACAAGAAGAAGUUAAUUACGAUGUUGCUAUCCAUGAUGGAUGUGAUCAAUGCAGAAGAAGAGGCAGAAAUUGAUAAAACUGAAAAUAGCUGUGCAUCUGGUUAUCAGAGUUCCGAGUUACCGUCCACUCCCAGCGAUAUUAAGAAUGAUUUUCAUUCCAAAUCAGAUUCCAACUCAGAGAAACAAAUGGUGUCUCCUUUGGGAGAUUUUGAACUGGAAGCUGAUGGUAUGUUCUACCUGAGUGGUGAAGAUCAAAGAGAUAACCAGGAACCUUUCUAUUUCUCUGAUGAUGAUGAUUUCGCUCUGGACUCCUCAACAGAAGUUACGGAACCUUCAUACAUUCGUGGAAAAAAACGCAUUGAUCCAGAUGCCAUACAUUCAGCAUCAGUCCCUGUUAAUGUCCCGCGGUUCAACCAAGAGAUGUUUUGUUCAUCAGCCUCAGACAAAGAAAAUUGUCCUUCACCUCAUGACCCACAAGAAAUUGCUGCCAGUAUGAAGGCGUUGGCAGAAAGUCUACGGAAAGACGAAGGUUUCAUUUUUGGCGAUCUGCCUCGCCCACGGCUGAACACAGGUGAUAUUGCUAUUACCAGGCCCACACAUUUUUAGUAGCAUUUGGAUUUAAAUUAUAUAAAAAAUAAAGAAAAGACAAAAAAAAAA